UCCCCGGAAGCGCCGUGCUUGUUUGGGUUGCUUGAGCUCCGCUAGUUGUCAAAUAGUAAAAAGUCAUGCUGUGGUGGGGCAGAUGAGACUAUUAAUCUCAAAUAGAACCCCACCAACAUGUCGUUUUAUAUAUUACCUUAUAAGCCGUGACACAGGUCCAAAAACGACAUUUGGAGAUUUUUAAAGCAGCUUUACCGCGGAGUUGUUGAUCGCCUCUGUAGCUGUCACUGUUGUCCGGACGAGGAUGGACUGCACCGCGCUGGAACACGACGCUGUCAAAUUUGCCAAAACAGCUGUUACCUACGAUCAAAAUGGGAAAUAUAACGAGGCUGUGUUUUAUUAUAAGGAGGCAGCCCAAGCCCUGCUUUAUGCUGCAAUGGCUGGGUCCAAACUGGAGGGGAUCCAAAACAAAGUGAGCGAAUACUUGGAUCGUGUACAAGCACUUCAUGGAGCAGUCCAGGCCCAGCAGAGUGACCCCCUGAAGUCUCGGCAGCAGGUGGAUCUCGAGCGGGCACACUUCCUGGUCACUCAGGCCUUUGAAGAAGAUGAGAAGGGGAACCUGGACGAGGCCAUUGAACUGUACACACAGGCUGUAGAGCUCUGCAUUCAAACGUCAAAUGAGACAACAGACCAGGUGCUGCAGAACAAACUGAAGCAGUUGGCUCGGCAAGCUCUAGACAGGGCGGAGGGUUUGAAAGAGCCCCAGUACAAGUCUGGUCCAGCACAGUCUUCGGACCGGGCAGGAGGCUCUGGUCCGCGGCCGGUCUCUUCUGGGGGUCCGGUCAGACAGUUCUUUCCUUUAGGUCCAGACUUCAGCCUCCACGACAAACCUCAGCCAGUGAGAGCAGUGCAGUCAUGUGAGCCCCAAGGACAGAAGUACACAGCGGAGGAGAUCCAAGUUCUCAGGACAACCUCCACAAUCAAUGGAAUAGCCUACGUGCCCUUUAUGAGUGUGGAUUUGAAGGAGCGCUUUGCCUUCCCUGUCCCAUUCUCAGACAAAGUGGGAAAGCUGGCCCUAUCGCCCAAACAGAGAGCCAUCUUCUCCCGUUGGGUUCGACCGGACGAGUUCUGCAACAACCCCACCAUGAUCAUGUCUGUGUCCAGCUUCAGCAUCAAGCAGACAGUUGUUUCUGACUGUUCAUUUGUGGCUUCACUUGCAAUCAGCGCGGCCUAUGAGAGACGCUACAAUAAGAAACUUAUCACCAGCAUCAUCUAUCCUCAGAACAGAAAAGGAGAACCUGAGUAUAAUCCCUGUGGGAAGUACAUGGUCAAACUUCACAUCAACGGAGUGUCCAGGAAGGUGAUCAUUGAUGACUUCCUGCCCGUGGACCGUAAUGGAGAGCUGCUGUGCUCUUACUCUAGUAACAGGAACGAGCUGUGGGUGUCCCUCAUAGAGAAGGCCUACAUGAAGGUGAUGGGGGGCUACGACUUCCCUGGGUCCAACUCGAAUAUCGACCUCCAUGCGCUCACAGGCUGGAUCCCUGAGCGCAUCGCUAUGCAUUCAGACAAUCACUCCUUCAGUAAAGACGGCACCUUCCGCAUGCUGCACCAGAGAUUUCACAGAGGAGACGUCCUGAUCACCACGGCGACAGGAGUGAUGACGGAUGAGGAAGGGGAGAGAUGGGGCCUGGUGCCCACACACGCCUAUGCUGUUCUUGACAUAAGGGAAUACAAGGGAAUGCGUUUCUUGCAGUUGAAGAAUCCAUGGAGUCACUUGAGGUGGAAGGGACGUUACAGUGAGAGGGACGAGAAGAACUGGACUCCAGAGCUGCUCAAAUACCUCAACUUUGACCCUAAGACAGCACAGAAGUUUGAUAAUGGUGUGUUUUGGAUCUCAUGGGAGGACUUGUGCCAGUACUAUGAUGUCAUCUACCUGAGCUGGAACCCCGGCCUUUUUAAAGAGUCCUUCUGCAUACACAGUAGUUGGGAUGGAAAGCAAGGCCCUGUAAAAGACGUGUACAGUCUGGCCAACAACCCGCAGUACAGACUGGAGGUGCAGUCUCCAACAGGGGGUGCUGCUGUGUGGGUGCUCCUCACAAGACACAUAACUGACAAGGAUGACUUUGCACAAAACCGAGAAUUCAUAACUCUUGUUGUUUACAAAAAUGAUGGAAAGAAAGUGUAUUAUCCAACUGAACCCCCUCCCUACAUCGAUGGCAUCCGUAUCAACAGCCCCCACUACCUGACCAAGAUCAAACUAACCAGCUCGGGGACCCACACAUUCACUUUGGUGGUGUCACAGUAUGAGAAACAGAACACCAUCAACUAUACACUAAGGGUUUACUCUGUCUGCAAAUUCAACUUCUCCAAGAUCCCCAAUCCAUUCACACACGUCAAAAGGAUAAAUGGUCAGUGGAAGGGCGCCUCUGCAGGAGGCUGUGGGAACUACAAGGACUCAUACAAACAUAACCCCAUCUACCAGAUGAACCUGGAGCGCUCAGGGCCUCUGCUCAUCGAGCUCAGAGGGUCCAGAAUGUACAGUGUGGGCUUUGAGAUGAUCACUGUGUCCACGUCCAGUGAGCCCGGAGCUGCUGGGUUUAACAAGAAGAACAGUGGAGACUACAGGUGUGGCUUCUGUUAUAUGGAGCUGGAGCACGUCCCGGCUGGUAUCUACAAUGUCAUCCCCACCACUUUUCUGCCCAAACAAGAGGGACCCUUUUUCCUGGACUUUAGCACCACGUCUCCUGUUAAAGUAUCACAGCUUCAAUGAGGAACUUCAUACUAGAGACUGAAUAAUGACAAGCUCAAAUCCAAACACAAUCAAUCAUCAUUAUAAUCCAAUAAAUGCCAAUGGUACAGUUGAUAGUACAAAAUACAAAAUAAUGUAAUUUUUAUUUCUAUUGUUUUUAAAUUUGAAGUCUCUCUCUACAUUGCCAUACCUAUAUUAUCCAACCGUAGACUGUCUAAAUAAGUGGACUAACGGAGUGCGACGUCACCCAUAGCGUUUGGCUAUAGUUAAAUGAAGCUCACCGACACUAGCAGUUAUAGGAGCGGAUUUGGCGCCAGUUCUAUAUUAGGAAUAAGAAUUUAUUUACAAAAAAACAGCAAAAUGAAAACAAGGAUCAUGUAGACCGAGUUAAUACAAACAUUUUAAAACCAACAUGACGAGACUCACAGCAGUGGUUACAGCGGAGAGAGGGGUGACAUUUAUCAGUGUAAGGUCAAUUGGAAACGGAGUAGAUGGAGCCAGAUGUGCCCGCAUGGCCACGUGGUGUAGCUUUGGCACCAACUUCAAACAUACUUCAAGCAUGCCAACAAAAUAAUAAUUUUCUAAAACACAAUCACUUCAUUAUACCUUUGUUGGCUUUAUAUGGGAAGCCACAGCAGCCAUGGGGCUCACUUGACAGAUGUGGCUACUUAUUCUGUACCAAUGACUUCCAAUCAGCCCAGUGAUUGGGUUAUUCUAUACACUCACCAACGUUACUCCUAGCACUGCAAUAGCAUGUUUUCAAAUAGGUUUUUUUUUGUUUUUCUUGUUGCCAAAAUUGAGAUUCCUUUAUCCAUGACUUUAGCACAAACCAGCUUCAAUAAUGGUUGAUAAAGACGUUUUAUUCUCAGGAAGCAGUUAGGUUAGCACCACAGGGAGUCCAUUUUGUUUUGGAUAGACAUUAUUUUGUGUUUACAGACUGGAAUUGAUAAAGCGCACCCCUAGUUCUAACAAAUCAUUAAUAUCGUGCCGAUAUUUGGACUAUUUGGCGAAUCAGAUAUCAGAAUACCCAUAGAAAAACACCCAUAGAGCUUUAUUUGAACACUGCAGUGCAAAGAGAUGAAUGUUGAAGACAUGACUACACAGCUCUCUUAUGGAUUUAAGUUGAGAAACGGGCUGUGUUGGUACAUUUUCAUAUUAUAAUGUAUUUAUUUAAUUAUGUGUUAAAUAUACAUGUGAUCACAAUAAUAGGAAUAAUCAUGGUCUUUACAUUGGGGUGCCUGUGAAAGGAGGACGUCUGUUUAUAAAUCUGUCAAAAUGAAACUAGCCCUCACAAAGAGCAUGUGCACAGUUUUAAAGCAGCUUUUCCAGAAGAAGCAGGAUCAGAAGUAGACCUCUAACGCACAGACACCACACUUUCAUCCCAAAAGAAUGUCAUUGUAAUGGUCAUUUCUGUUUUAUAAUUAAAUCCAGGCAGUGAUCUGAUUCAGUGCUGCUGUUGUUGCCAAGUGUAUUUGCCAAAUAAAUCAUAUAUCCAUG